AUGGCUGGGAUCGAAAGAACCAUUGAAAUCCUCCAAGAGACUGAUUCACCCGCGGAUAUUCAUAAUUUCAUUCAAACACAGCUUGACUCAAUCGUGGACUAUGUGCUUCUUGAGGCGUACACGGAGGGACCAAAAACCACCAAGCUAGGGGCACUUGACUUUAUAAAGAACGCACUCUUCCAGAAGCACAUGGUAAACAGUCUGUGCACAGAGAAAUACAUCUUUGGGCUGCGCAGCAUCCGGAAGAACGGCCAUGCCAAGAAGGUCUCUGAUGGCGUGGUCUCCAUGUGCUAUGAAAUAUAUACAGAUGGAAUGAAGCUUCUUCUGGAGUCUGCACCCGCAUGCGUUCUUGAGAUAAUUUCAAAGAAAACCGGUCUCUGCUACUUUGAGGAGAUUUUGAAGAGCUCAGACUGCAAUGGAAUUGUGGAGAUGUUUCCUUGCUUUUUCUCCUUGAGCGAGCACAACUUCAUCCAGUGGAUUAAGUUUUUGUCAGAUAGAAACUGCAUCUCACUGAUCCUGAAGUUUUUCACUAGGCUUAAGAAGGCACAGAAAGAUCUUCAGAAUCUCUCAAAGUUUCUUUAUCUUUUUGUCUCCUUCACAGGAAAUGUCUUUAGAGACUCAGCGUACAUGAAUGCAACAGGAAGGCACUAUUCCUAUUUCUACAAGGAGAUUGAAAAAAGAGUCCUUCCUUUGUUCGAUGUGAUAUUUGUAGAGAGUGAUGCAAUAAAUAGGCUUGCCUGCCUUGAAGUCCUUCGGGAGAUGAUCCGGGUUAUUGAAUAUAUCCCCAAUAACUCUGCAAUUCUUGUCUCCUUGUAUAAGUACUUGGUGCACUCAGAGAUCCUGAAAGAACUUGCACAAGGCAACCACCAGCCAGGAGUGGCUGUCCGGAUUGUUUAUCUGAUCAAUACAAUCUCCCUUACGGUCAGAUUUAAGUCACCGCAUACCCUAAGCUUCCUUAGAACUACAAAUAUUCUAUCGCACAUUGCAGAGUAUCUUCAUGGAACAUCCACCCACACAAUAACAAAUGAAGUGUGCCUUCUUAUUAAUGAGCUAAUAUACGUUGACAAAAUAUUCUAUAUAGAUGAAAUAGUAGAAUUCUGCCAGGCCAUUAGGCUUAAAACCUUUAAGCAAGUCAUUCAGAUAUACUCAACCUCCCAGAAGAAGCACAGCCCGCAUGCCUCAAUAAUUGACUGCAUUACGCCCGUGAUUUCCAUCUUGUACAAAUUGUAUUAUAUCUGUCUCUAUGAGUCCUCAAACAGAAGCAAAGAAAUGAAAACCCAGUCACGCCGGUUUGUUGUGAUCGAUGAAACCUCCAAGCCAUACAGGAUUCUUCAGGAGCUGGAAUUCCUGCAGGAUGAGCAAGCCUACUGGUACAUAACCACCAGGGUCCUUGAACAUGGAAAAAGGCUUUCUUUAGAGCACUCUAGGUCCCUCCCUGAGAGACUUCCAAACUCUGAGCAAUUUGCACGAUAUUUCUGCGAGUACACAGCAGCCAUACUCCCAGCAUAUCCCCCAUGGCUCUUCCAAUAA